AAUGAAUAAUUCGUGACCUGAAAUGAUUCAGCUGCAUCUAUUUUCAUCAACAAUGAAAUAACGUGUUUUUCCAUGUCUCAGUUAAUUACUGAGAUGGUAUCAGUGAUCUCGCUAAAGUACUAGCACCGGAGCAAACAUUGGGUGGUAUCCAAUUGUGCCCCUUGGGAGUAAUAAGAUUUUGAAAAUCACCCAUUUGUUAUGCAGAACUGUCGGUAUAGUAUAGCAAUUACGUUGGCCAAGGAUCAAUUUACAGUGAUACAGAUUUUGUUUAUUACAAUAUUCCGUCAAGACGGCAAUUUUAAUUUCAUAAAUUAUUAGUUUCCGCUGUUAUCAUCAGAUUCAACUUUACAUGCUUAGAUUCGGUUAAGUUAUAUCCUGCCCGAUGCUGACAUCCAUACCAUAGUGAAGUGUAACACUGAUGACAGAUAGUAAUGGAGAGCCUUGAAGAGAUGGGAAAGAAAGCAUACCAGAAACAAGUUUUUGAAUUGUAUCGUGAAGCCAUAGAUAUCUAUUCUGUGGCUAUAAAGAAACAUGGGGAAGAUAAACGGUUUUUAAAUAACAGAUGCAUGUGCUACAUCAAACUUAAGGACUAUACGAAUGCAAUGAAGGAUGCUGAUAAAUUAGUUAAAUAUCAUCCCAAAUACAAAAAAUCAUUUUAUCGUCAAGGUGAAAUCAUGAAAUUGUUGAAGCGGUACCCGUUAGCAGAGACAGCAUUUCUUGAGGUUUUAAAACUAGACCCUUCUUGUGAAGAGGCUCGUCAACAGUUACUGGAAACACAAAUUUUAGAGAUAUGUUCAAACCAUCCAUUUACGGAGCUUCAGGCUGCUGAUGCACUUAAUGCAACAGGGACAGUUGAGGAUGCUGUAGCAUUGCUGAAGUUAGGGGAAUUUGAUAUUUCCUGCUACGACACUGACUUACAGGAUGAUGAUGUGUACCACUCUGAUGAUGAAACUCCAGUGUCCACUGUCACCGAGAAUAAGGCAUAUGAUCCACUGACAGACCCUUCUAAUCCAUUCGGGAGCUGUACAUUAUGGAUUGGUAACAUAACUGCAGCAGUAACUGAAAAGAUGCUAAAGGAAUUAUUUUCUAAGCAUGGAACUAUACUCAGUGUCCACGUGUACCCAGAAAGAACUUGUGCGUUUAUUAACUACAAAGACUGCAGUUCUCCUGGGAAAGCUAUGAAGGCUAUGCAGGGGCGUACAAUUGCAGGAAAGGAAAUACUUAUAAAAUUUCCAGACAGGGUAGCCAAUAAUGCAGCAGAAGCAGCCACUCACAAGAAGAAACGUUAAUUAAGUUCUCCAAGUUCUGUGAAUACAAACAUUUUAAGUCAAUGUUGUGAACUGUACUGUAGGAAGAGUGAAACUUUCUUGAUAUGUCAACAGAUCCUGUUUUGGAGAAGUAACAUAAUUGAGUGUUAAUCUCCUUAUUUGAGGACAGUAAUGGAGAUAACAGUGAAGUGGGUAAUGUACUUGAAAUGGGACCAAGACAACUCAGAUUUGAGGUUUGAGGUGUGAAGUGACAAUGUCCCAUGUUGCAGGAGAUUGUAAUAUAUAUGGAUUGUUGAAUUUUUUUUUUUUUUUUUUCGUGGAAUAAGUAUAUUACAAAGCUGUAAAAAUCAAUCUCAGGACACCAGUCUCCACUUAUGAAGGCUGGGGAAGGAAGUGUCAUUCUGAUGGAUACUGGACUGCAUGAGACUACAUGGAAAGGAAUUAGCAGAUACAGCUGUGAAGAAGGCAUGUAGCGAUAAUCAGGUUGUUCAUUGUGCCAUCUGUUUCCAUGCUAUCACAUCACUCUUGAGGUACAAAGGCAAGUGUAGAUGGAAAGAAGAAGGGCUGGAAGUGACAGACAGUAAAUUGUGACCAGUAAAGUCAGUAAAAGUGGCUAUGGCAUACCUCCUUCCAGCCACAAAGAGAUGAGACUCUUCUCACUCAUCUACACAUUCAUAGAAACAAUGUUCAGAUCUAAAUUAUCUACUACUGACAAAAGUCUGAAUGUUUGCUGUUUUGAUUAGUUCAUUAAAGAAAUAUCCUUAUUAA